GAGAUCUAGACCGGAUAUAAGGACCAAAGACUGAUGAAAAGAUGGAUAUCCGGAAGGGAACUCAUCCAAAUAGCUUGGGAGUUGGUGGGCAUGGCAUCCUCGCAUGCGCUUCAGUUUGGUCUUCACACGACACCAAUAACUCUCCACAUGUUGAGUAUGGACGCCUGUCACCGGCUCUACGAAGUUGAGGGAGUGGUUUACCACACCAUGUGCAGC